CUCGAACCGUUGAGAUCGGGGACGGGUUUACUGUGCGCGCGCGACUUCACUACGGACGCUUUUUGGGCGCUCUCUGACUUCAGACUUGCUGUUCGGGGAGAGACUUCAACGAGCGAAUAAGCGACGAGCCUUUUAAAGGUUGAUGUGUUUUUUGUUGUUUCGGUUCCACAGGAGAUCUUAAAAGUGUUGUGCAAUAUCAUUGUUUGGGGUAUUGCGGGAAGAGAUUCAUCCGGUCGGGCGGAAUUCGUUAAUAGGGGCUAUCAGCUGUUCAUAGAGCUGGACAGGCAGGAUUGUUGGGAUUUGUGUGCUGCUAUUCAAGAAGAAGGAAAUUCGGAGCCGAGGGAGAAGUUGGGCCAACUUUUGCAAUCUGACUUCAUUGCAUGCUCUCGAACGUGUCGCUUCGGUGUGGCUUGGAUAUGACAGUGCCGUGAGCUUGAGAGCUUGGAGCCCAGAGCCGUCGAAAGGGGCAGAAAAUUGAAAACUGGGCGAGCUGCACAACGACUGUAUCAGAAGAAGUUGGUGAAAUCGAUAUUGUGCAAUUGAUUUGAGUGUGGCUGGCAAAAUUUGAUGAAUAAUGUGAAAUUAGCGAUCAAUUUCAUGAAAGGGGUUUUCUUCGUUAUUUUUUGUUCGGCUUGCCGUUAUCUGAAAUCUGCAACUGAAAAAGAGAUGCUGCGAAAAUCAAGCUUCUAAUGACGUGUUAGCAAAUCGUGCAAUUGUAGAUAGGCAUUAGGGGAAGCGUAAAUUAGUCAAAGUCAUUAUCGAGCAAGUGCACAAAAGCAGAAGAAGCCAAACAUUGUAUGCAGACUGCAUCUGCUGCAGCGAGUUCCUUUGACGUGUGGUGAAGAAAAGCAAAACAGCCAAGAUGGGGCACAAUGAAUGCAAAUCGGUUGCAUACAUAUUCAUACUGUUGCUGAAUGUUGGAUUUCUGCUGCAGCAAUCGUCGGCGCAGCAAAGCAACUUCUACUUCGCUCAAUCCCAGGGCCGCUUUGUGCCAUCGUUCGAAACAUCUCGGAGUGGGUUUUUUCCCUCAUCGAUAAACCGAAAUCAACCGCCGGACUCGUACCAGGAGCAGACGCUCUACGUUGACAGUAGCGUCGCUAACAGUAGGCGCCUGGGCAGUCGAGCCAGCCUCAGCCAGCAGCAGCAGCCACCGCCACAGGGUCUCGGCUCCGAAGGCGGCGAUGGCGUAACGCCGUCGUACUUCCAAUUCUCCUACACGACACCAAGAAGUCCGGAUAUUUUCGAAAUAUCCCCUCGUCCAUUCUCGGUGACGCCACAACCCAACUCGGGCUUCCAGUACUCGCGAGGAUCGCUGAGGAACGAUUACUUUACGAAUGGGCUCAGUUCGAAUAGGAACUUUGCCGCCGGGACCUCCGGGGGAAGCAGCAGCAGUACAACUAAUUUUGGUAGCAGUGGGAAUGGUAUUGGGAGCAGCAGUACCAGUAAUCUGGGAACCAGCUCUGGAAUAAGCAGCAGUGGGAGCAGCUAUACCUACCGGCAGUCGCACCGAAAGAGUCCUUUUAGUAACAGUGCCAUAGGAACGAGCCUGACCAGUAACGAACCGGUGUCGACCGAGCCAUCUCAGCGUCCAUUGUCGACGGAAACGGGAGGCCGCGAUCGGCACUCGUCGUACACUUCGAGCCGAGCACGUCCGUUCGGUGGCAAUGCGGAGGACACGUCGUCUCCGACGCGCGGUUUCCUGGGAUCUACGGCGGCACAACAAAGGCCAUCGCAAUCGGCGCGCAUUCCGCCGUCGGCAGCACGAAACGGUUUCAGACCCAAAUCGGAAGAGCUGGGUGGAAGCAGCCGGUACCAACAGAACGAAACGAAUAACGGUAGCAAAGACAGCGUCAGCAGCAGCACCAGCAGUAGCCGGUACACCAAGCCCACGCUGAAGCCCAAUCGAUUCCGAUCUACGACCACGGUUGAUCCGGUCACUGCCAAAAGUACCACCGUCGAGAGCGUGGUGCUGAGGAAUCGUUUCGCUGGACGCACGCCAGCACCUAACACGCUUCGUCCAGCAUUCGAUUCCAAGCGGGUUAUUGCUCUUAGCAAUGCUUCACCCCCCCGCGGUAGCCCCAUCGUGAAUUCAGCUAAGCCAAAGUCCACCACCACCAGUACGACAACGACACCAAAGACUGCAACCCAAUCCCGGUUUAUCCACCUGCCAGCUCGCCCGGUGAUUCCAUCGAUCAACAUCACUCACAAUGGAUCGGCAAAAUCGGCUGAAGUUAUUUAUGAUUACGAUGACUACAUCGAAGAUGGCAAAGAUACAAAUGAAUUCGUUGAUGAUCAGCAGGAAAUCAAAGAUUUCCAGCCAACGCAAGCGCAGAAAGGAAACUUGAAGAAAGAAAGUGAGGAACAUCAGGAAGCAGUGAGCUCUACUGUUAGUGCUCCUACGAGUUCCACUACAGCUAAGGCGUACGAAAAUGAAGAGCGGGGUGGCAGCUUAAACAAUAUAAGUGAUAACGAGUACUACGAUGUGGUGAAGGAAAGCGACAGUCAGACCAGCAAUGCCGACCAGAUAGAAGAUCAUACGGUGAUUCUGACCGACAAUUUCUUCUUACCACACUCAGGUUCGGAAGAGUUGGAAGACGGCGAAUACGAAGAAGAAGAAGAAGGAGAGACUGAAGAGCCUAAGAAAGAAGUAUCAUCCGUUGCUCCACUACCAGAGGAUAAGAAGCCAGUUGAUUCGGCAUAUGACGACGAAUACGUAUAUGAUGAUGAAGAGCUUGAGGCAACUACAACAGUAAAGCCGGAGCUUAGGCCAGCACCAUCGCCAGCAACUCCCGAGGAACCGCAAGAGGACAUCGAUACACUACUUUUCUCAGAAGAGGAUGUUAAAGAAGCGCCAUCGGUUAUCCCCAUUUCACGAGAGCAAGAAGUUGAAGCAGAUACAACGCGUGUUAUUCCUCUUGAGACCACCUCUGCGGCUCCAACUGCGCCUAGCACAACUACAGUAUCGACAACCCUCGAACCAAGCACAACCACCGAACACUCGGCCAGCAGUUUAGUGGAAUCAGAAUUAUCUUCGAAUGUAACCACUGAAAGUUGGGUGGUGGUGGCUUCAGUUCAAACAAGUAGAAGUGUCUCCGGUGCACGAUUUUUACCGUUUCCUCAAGUUGAACAAGAUGAGAAAAAACAAAGCUUAUCCGAGCUUGAUGCCAAGAACAGCAAUGAGAGCGAUGAACUAGACAUAACUACCGUAAGCAGUCAGGAAGUCGAAAAGACAACUGUUGCUCCUCAUGAAACGGUGAUUUCUGUUACGGAUGACUCUGAGACACCGACUACCGAGAAGACACUGAAUGUUCAGUCCACUGAAAGCAUAAUCGACAAGCUUGACAGAGUUCAAUCUGAGCUGUCUAGUGGUGUACUGACCGGCAAAUUCCCAGUUUUGAAGGAAAUGGUUACGGAAGACCCGAAAGUGCCAAACGCAUCAUUGCCUCCAGUCAACAUUCGAAAGUUCCAACCAAACAACAGAGCUUCCACCACGAAGAAACCGCGACCUGGAUUCACACCCUCACAAAAACCAACAACUGCUACUGAGAGUAUAAUCAAAAGCAUCAACUUUGAAACGAUUGCUGUAGAUGAUAUUGCUGCGCUGCUUCCACCGGAUUAUAAACAGAAGAGCGCUUACAAGCUGAAAAAGUUUGGCGUCAGCAGUACAACCCCUGAAACACUGGCCGCUGCUAAGGAUGUUUUAAAUGAAGAACCAUUGAAACCCGAAAUUGGAGGUCGAUUCCGGCCAGCGAACAUCAGUCGAUCUUACAAGAGUAGUGUUCCAGUUCAAGAGCUGAGCUCCUUAUUACCGAAAGACUAUCGUUUGAAUCGAACUGAAGAGGAAGUUAAGACCACAAAUAAUUUGAAGGAAUUGAUCAGCAAGAUAAAAUUCAAUGAGAAACCUAAUGGAACAUUGGAUGUUCUAAAGAAGGUGCAGAAGGUUGAUGUUAGUUCAUUUUUACCACCAGGAUAUAAACCUCCCGCAGACAUAGGGCCAAGUACAAAGGCACCAAAGCCAGUUGUUAUUGAGGACGACGUAAGUAAACUUCUGCCUCCAGGAUACAAGAGCUUCAAGACAACGAAGAGACCAACUACCACAGCACCAUCUGUGAUUGAUGAUGACAUCAACAAAUUCCUGCCUCCUGGUUAUAAGGCACCUAAGGAAGAAUCCAAAAUAGUGUUCACUGAAGAUAUUAGCAAAUUCCUUCCACCAGGAUACAAGGCUCCAAAGCAAGAAUCAUCGACGAAGGCUUCCCUUUCAUUUAAUGAAGAUGUCAACAAGUUUUUGCCUCCAGGCUACAAACCUCCCGCAAACGAAAAGGUCCCGGAACCAGAGAUUAUCGACCCAACUAGUCUGCUAAGCAAGAUCCAGUUCAAAGAAGUGUCGGCACUGCUUCCUACUGGAUUCAACGAUUCGGAUCCGCAUCCACCAUCUCCCAGCAGCACAGCAGGAAGCGGUGCAAACAGCUACAAAGUGGUUUUCCCCAGUCGCCCGGGCACUGUCAAGAAACCGGGUGUUGGUCGUAUUACCACUCCCAAACCAUCCCACGCCGAAGGACCAGCAGCCCCCGAUAUAUUGAUCCGCAAAGGACCACCAACUCGUGCAACAACUGAGUUCACCGGAUGGCCAACCCCUUCAACGACUCCACUCUCGAUUGAAAAACUUCUGGAACAGCAGAAACAACAAGAACUACUAGAAAAGCUGCUGGCUUCGUCUACGACGACGACAACAACAACCACGACUACCACCACUACGACCACAACGCCACGACCAACGGAGCCAGGAUUGUGUCAUUCGGAGUGUGACCUGGCCGGUACUAUCCGCAUAGUUGACGGAGUCAAUUGGGUACCGGAGCUGCUCGAUCACAACACAGCCGAAUGGAAGCAACUGGCGAAGGAUGUUGAGGCUCAACUGAACGAAGUCUACAGCAACGCGCACAAUCUCAGCAAAUGGUACAAGAAGGUGCGCAUCGACAGCUUCAGCAAGGGAAGCGUCCUGGUGGAUUACUUUGUCGAACUGGCUGACCUGACGGAGGACGUCAACACGCUGCAAAUCAAACGGCUGUUCCACGAGGCGCUGACGCCUGCUCCGCUGCCGACUACCACUGUUGAGCCUAGCACGGAUCUGGACGAAGAGGACGAUGGAGACUUGCAGAUGCAGAACAAACGAACCAAGGAGAAUCUGCAAUCGGCGGUACCUCGCGUAAAGGAGGUCUUCCUGUUGGGCAGAUUCAAAGUCGAUCCGGUGUCGACUGAUUUCACCGUUAUCCCGAAGCAGAUUCUUCCACCGGUUGAUCUCGAGGAGGAGGAUACACUGUUACCUCAGUGGGCAAUAGCCGGUAUUGUCAUUGGGUUGGCUUCGCUUCUCUUCGUGAUACUUUUCGGCGUCACAGUGUUGAUAAAUCGUCAAAAGGCAGCCAAGAAGAAGGCACCAACGCCACUGACUGCAGAUAUGUUGAACGAGCUGAACAAGAACCAUAUGGGAGGCAUUGACAACUAUGGUUCGGAAGAUCUGUACAAUUUGGACGACGCGUGGGACGACCAUGGGCACGAUGUGAAACCAAAGCGCUUCUCCAACUCCAUGCAUGGCAGCAGUGCCUCGAAUAUCUACGACAGUUGGCGCUCUCAACGUCAUCCGACAAACGAUAGCUACUAUUACGACGACUACAACCUCAAGGGUUCGCAUUAUCCUCCGUCGGGACAUCAUCACCAUCACCACCGGUUACAGGAUGCGGCCUUUAUGUUGCACGAACCUCCGCCACCAGUGAUGGCUAUGUACCCACCAUACCAUCACGCCCCACCACCGCCAAGCAGUCACUACAACACGAAUUCGAGGCGGUAUUACCGAGAUUACGAUCCUAAUUUCUAGGAUACCGAUGUUCUACUUCACUUCACCAUCCCAGUCAUCUAUACACCACCCCAUAAAACUAGAGUCGUCGUUUAGUUAUAAUCUUAUUUUUGUUUCUCCAUGAUCGGAUCAUUCAUCUGACUCCUUCGCUGGGCAGUACCUUUGCUCAGAUGCUAGUGCUGGUAGCUCAAUUCCAUGCCCCAUUGAUUUUUUUCUCCACUCAGAUUACCUUCUCAUAAGACCCUUAUCGUAUAAUAGGAUAUUUUCUAAUGUAAAUAAAUUAUUUAUUUUGUAAAAAUGGAAAACAAAAUUACGAAUGAGAUGCAAAAAAAAACAUAAAAUAAUUAAUA